GUUGGCAUCCCCAGCGGAGCAUGGUGGCAGCCCUCACUCUCUGCUCCCUCGUGUGGCGCAGCUGGAAGAGCUGGCAGCCCAGGGUGCCGAUGGCCCUGUAUCACCGUCGGAUGGCAAACCCAGUGGCCAAGUGAGCUGGCAUCAAAUACCAACCCCCUUCCACAGCUUGUGAAUGGUAGACAAGUGACAGCCCACAGUCGUCACCAUGGCGGAAUAAUGGUGGGAAGCCAGGCAUGAGCGGCCCCCGUGGUCACCUGUGACUUCUCCUACAGAGAGGUCUGACCCCCGGCCCACAGCCAAGCCUCCCACCCGCACCCCCGCCCAUGGGGCCCAGGGGGCCCCGAGCCAGCGCCUGAUCCCGACGAGCAGCCCCUGGCAGCGGCAUGGCGGGCGCGGAGGGCUUCCAGUACCGCGCGCUGUACCCGUUCCGGCGCGAGCGGCCGGAGGACCUGGAGCUGCUGCCCGGCGACGUGCUGGUGGUGAGCCGCGCGGCCCUGCAGGCGCUGGGCGUGGCGGAGGGCGGCGAGCGCUGCCCGCAGAGUGUGGGCUGGAUGCCCGGCUUCAAUGAGCGCACGCGGCAGCGGGGCGACUUCCCAGGCACCUAUGUGGAGUUCCUGGGGCCUGUGGCCCUGGCCCGGCCCGGCCCGCGGCCCCGCGGCCCCCGCCCACUGCCCGCCAGGCCCCGAGAUGAGCCCCCAGAGCCAGGCCUCUCGCUCCCUGACCUGCCCGAGCAGUUCGCCCCUCCCGACGUGGCGCCCCCUAUCCUGGUGAAGCUGGUGGAGGCCAUAGAGCUUACAGGGCUGGACGCAGAGUCCCACUGCAAGCCCGAGCUGCCCGCGCCGCGCUCAGGCCCCUGCCUCGGGUCCCGCCGUCCGCGCCCUGGCCGCAGCCUUCGGGCCGCUGCUGCUGCGCGCACCGCCAGCUUCGAAGCCGCCAGGGGGCGCCCUGCCCGAAGGGACCGAAGCCAGCCCGGACUUCCCGGCGCUGCUGCUGGAGAAGCUACUGCAGGAACAUCUGGAGGAGCAGGAGGCCGCGCCCCCAGCCCUGCCGCCGAAGCCCUCCAAGGCGAAGCCGGCGGCCCCAGUCCUGGCCAACGGGGGCAGCCCGCCCUCCCUGCAGGACGCUGAGUGGUAUUGGGGUGACAUCUCCAGGGAGGAGGUGAACGAGAAACUCCGAGACACGCCCGAUGGCACCUUCCUGGUCCGCGAUGCGUCCAGCAAGAUCCAGGGGGAGUAUACGCUCACCCUCAGGAAGGGCGGCAACAACAAGCUGAUCAAGGUGUUCCACCGCGACGGCCACUACGGCUUCUCGGAGCCGCUGACCUUCCGCUCCGUGGUGGACCUCAUCACGCACUACCGCCACGAGUCGCUGGCCCAGUACAAUGCCAAGCUGGACACGCGGCUACUCUACCCCGUGUCGCGGCUGCAGCAGGACCAGGUGGUCAAGGAGGACAGCGUGGAGGCCGUGGGCGCCCAGCUCAAGGUCUACCACCAGCAGUACCAGGACAAGAGCCGCGAGUACGACCAGCUUUACGAGGAGUACACGCGCACCUCGCAGGAGCUGCAGAUGAAGCGCACAGCAAUCGAGGCGUUCAACGAGACAAUUAAGAUCUUCGAGGAGCAGGGCCAGACCCAGGAGCGGUGCAGCAAGGAAUAUCUGGAGCGCUUCCGGCGCGAGGGCAACGAGAAGGAGAUGCAGCGGAUCCUGCUCAACUCCGAACGGCUCAAGUCCCGCAUCGCCGAGAUCCACGAGAGCCGCACGAAGCUGGAGCAGGACCUGCGGGCUCAGGCCUUGGACAACCGCGAGAUCGACAAGCGCAUGAACAGCCUCAAGCCUGACCUCCUGCAGCUGCGCAAGAUCCGCGACCAGUAUCUCCUGUGGCUCACCCAGAAAGGUACCCGGCAGAAGAAGAUCAAUGAAUGGCUGGGGAUCAAAAAUGAGACUGAGGACCACUAUGCACUGAUGGACGACGAGGAUGACCUCCCCCACCACGAGGAGCGCACGUGGUAUGUGGGCAAGAUCAACCGCACGCAGGCCGAGGGCAUGCUGAGCGGCAAGAGGGACGGCACGUUCCUCAUCCGGGAGAGCAGCCAGCGGGGCUGCUACGCCUGCUCCGUGGUGGUGGACGGGGACACCAAGCACUGCGUCAUCUACCGCACGGCGACCGGCUUCGGCUUCGCGGAGCCCUACAACCUGUACGGGUCGCUGAAGGAGCUGGUGCUGCACUACCAGCACGCGUCCCUGGUGCAGCACAACGACGCGCUCGCCGUCACGCUGGCGCACCCCGUGCGCGCGCCCGGCCCGCCGC